AUGGAUCAAAUUCAAAAGUCACAAUCAGCACCUGAACGUGUUUACAAAGAUUUGCAACCUUAUUUUGAAUGGACUGAAGAUGAAGCAAGUGCCACUCUUAUCCUAAUGCUGCCAGGAUUCACAAAGGAACAAUUAAGGGUGCAAGUGACUUCAAAAGGUGUUCUAAGGAUCAAUUGUGAAAGACAAGGGAUUCAGAAUAUAUGGCAUCGUUUUGGUAAAGAAUUUCCAAUUCCUCCAUAUUGUGACACCAAUGAUGUGAAUGCCAAGUUUGAACGUGGAGUGCUAUCAAUCAAGUUUCCCAAGUUGAUCACCCCGGAUAAUAAGCCUCAAGAACAAGAAACUAUCACGAAUCCACCACAAGAACAAGCUUCAAUUGCGCACCAAAAUAGUGAUGAACCUAAGGCGCCAACACAAGCACAAGUGGUUGAUGAACAACGAGAGACGCCAAAGGAAAAAGAAACGGAACCAAUUAGUGAUGAAAAAGAAAAGAACAAAAUUGAGGAACAAGUUGAAAAUGAUCAAAAGAAUGUGAAGACUAAUGAUGAGUCAUCGGAGACGAAGGAAGUUGUUAAAACUCGCGAAAUUCAGAAAAAGCAUCAAGGCAAGAUAACACAAAGAUUGAAAACAAGAGUUUUAGAUUUUAAUAUAAGUUUGAGAUCAAGAGAUGAUAAGGAUGUUGAUCAAGUAGGUUUUGAUUUUGGUGUCACGAGGCCUAAGAGGGGGAAGAUGUUGAUGAACAAGUUUGUGGCAACCUUGUUGGUUUUGGUGAUUGGAGUAUAUGUUAAAAAUGCAUUUUGGACAUCGUCAAAAUCAUCUUAA